GGAAAAUUAACGAUGGCAGCGACUGCAACGUCGAAUGCAAUUACUCUGAGAGGCUCCACUGAGAUCGUAGCUGAAUUCUUUUCAUAUGGAAUUAACAGUAUAUUAUACCAGAGAGGGAUUUAUCCACCAGAGAGUUUUACACGAGUACAGAAAUAUGGUCUUACUUUACUUGUUACAUCUGAUGACAUGUUAAAAAAGUAUCUAAAUACAGUCAUUUCACAAGUUAGAGAAUGGCUGUAUAAUAUGACGGUAAAGAAAUUGGUAGUUGUCAUUAAAGAUGUGGAUACAAAUGAGGUUCUGGAGAGGUGGCAGUUUGAUGUGGAAGGGGACAAAUUGGCCCUGAAAGAAAGUAAACCUCGUGAGAAGUCAGAGAAAGAAAUCAAUAGCGAGAUCAGUGCUGUUAUACGUCAGAUUACCGCCUCAGUAACAUUCCUACCUCUCCUAGAGGGAGCAUGUGCCUUUGAUUUGCUGGUGUAUACAGAUAAAGACAUUGAUGUUCCCGAGUCAUGGGGUGAAGAUGGUCCUCAGUUUAUUGCUAAUUCUGAGGAAGUGAGACUGAGGUCCUUCACAACCAGUAUACACAAAGUAGACGCCAUGGUAGCUUUCAAAAAGUAAAAAUAUAGAGAAAUUCAUAAUCAAAAUACAAUGUACCAAUUCUUCAGUGGUUGGAAAGGAAAGAAGAAAAAUAAAUGUGGCACAGAGAAAGUGUUAACUUGGUGAUAUGAAAUGUCACAAAAAUGGAAAGUGGAAGUGCUCGUGAAACCAUUGCUGUACAAUAUGUCUAAAAGGUGCUGGUCAGUUGUAUUGUGAACCUAAAAUGUUUGAAUUUAUGAGUAUGCAGAUAGAUUCAGGAACAUGGCUAUGGAAGAGAUUACAAGAUUUUAAAAAACUGAAGGUGUUAUCAAAUACGAUGCAUAAUUUUUAUUCUUUCAUAUGUACACACUAGCUGGAAUGGUACUAUCUCUUUAUAUCUCUAUCUGCACUCCAAACAUUGUGAUGGGAUCAGAUUUACAUUGUUUAUUGUGGCAGCAAGACUGAAGGCUGAAUCACUAUUAGCUGUACAUUCAAUUGUGAAUCUCUUAGAAAAAUUAGAAAGUUUAUUUCAUGA